ACGUCUGCUCAAUCCAGUCUCCAGACUGUGUGGUUCAGUAGAAGUAGGGUAAGAUACACGUGUGUCUUGUGAGUGUUUUAUAAUGAUGAAAUUAUUUUAAAUAUAAAUUAUAGAAAAACAUUAUUAUAAUCGUGACUCAUAAAUAUAGGCUCCAAUAAGAUAAUUUUCAGAAGAAGUUGUGAUAAAAAAGUAUAAAAACACAUUUUAAAAAGGCAGACAGAAUGGAAGCUGUCAAGCAAAGAAUAUUAGGUGAAGCAUCCAAGAAUGGAGACAUGACUCCAUGUAUCUCUGGUCAGUCGCAAGCAAAAAGGUGUUCAUCCCAUCUGAAAGAGGAGAGAGAAAGUAUUGUUUUAUGGAGGAGACCUAUAGUAACUCUUCAAUAUUUUAUUUCAGAAUUAUUUAUUUCCCUUCAAAACUAUGCACUGAAAUUAUUGUUACAUAAAAGAAUAGUCUUUACAGUUCUUCUAGUCAUAAUGUUUGGAGUUUUAUCAUACCAUUUGAAAGGACCACACCAGAAAUAUGUUGAAGCUCUGGAGAAGAAGCUGCUAUGGUGUGCCUACUGGGUAGGAUUAGGAGUCUUGUCUUCAGUUGGAUUAGGAACUGGAUUGCACACAUUUCUGUUAUAUCUGGGGCCACAUAUAGCAGCAGUGACACUGGCAGCAUACGAGUGUGAGAGUCUGAACUUUCCAGAACCUCCAUAUCCCGAUGAAAUUAUCUGUCCAGAUCAUAACAAAGGGACCAAUUCUGUAAUAACAAUCUUCAGCAUAAUGAGCAAAGUUCGACUGGAGGCUUUCAUGUGGGGGGCUGGCACAGCAUUAGGAGAGCUACCUCCAUAUUUUAUGGCAAAAGCAGCACGACUGUCAGGAGUGGAAACAGAUGAUGAAAAUUUAGAGGAGUUUGAAGAACUCCAACAUAAAAAGGAUCACCCUGAUGAAAUGUCUGCUUUAGAUAAAGUUAAACUGGCAGUUGAGAAGUUAGUGAAGAAAGUUGGAUUUUUGGGCAUUAUUGCUUGUGCAUCAAUCCCCAAUCCCUUAUUUGACUUGGCAGGUAUAACCUGUGGACAUUUUUUGGUGCCAUUUUGGACAUUUUUUGGUGCUACUUUGAUUGGAAAAGCUAUCAUCAAAAUGCAUAUUCAGAAACUUUUUGUCAUCAUUGCAUUUAAUGAACAUCAGGUGGAGAACGUAGUCAGUAAACUGAAGUACAUCCCCUAUACUGGAAAAUAUCUCCAAGCACCAUUUAAAGAGUUGUUAGUGAAGCAAAAAGCCAAACUCCACCGUAAAGUAGGAACUCCUGUGCAGCAGGAAAGUAGUUGGUUGUCCUGGAUGUUUGAAAAGUUUGUAAUCCUGAUGAUCAUCUACUUUGUCUUGUCGAUUGUUAACUCUAUGGCUCAGAGCAAUCACAAGCGUCAGUGUAAAAAACAGGCUCGAACAUCCCAGAAAGUGGCUCUUGACUAGGGAGGAGUUGCACUCUAUAUCAUUUAGUUCUUUCAUAUAGAGAAUUAAGAAGUGAACAUUUUUUUGAAAACAGUACCAUCUGUUGAAUCAAAGAAACAAUUAAUCUGUUAGCUGAUUGAUACAGAUGAUAAACUGGAGAAAAAAGUUGGACACCAUUAGAAACUAGCUGAGAAAUGGUUGAAGUAAGAAAUAUUAAUGUGAUGCAGUAAAACUCAUCUUAAAGAGAUCAAUGAAUAAUUGAGGAUGCAAACAUAACAUGUAUAUGUGGAAACAUGGAAGUUUUGUAACAGGAAAAAAAAAAGGUUAGAACUCAAUAAUUUAAUAGUUUAAAUUACAUUAUCAGUUGUUUUUUUUGACCCAAUUGUGUAUUUCAGUCUUUGUUAAUGAGAAUUACUGAUAUGUAACCUAAGUUAACAAACUGGUGAAAAAGGCUGUUGUCAACUUCAUGUGGCUGAUUUUUAUUUUGUAACGAAGGACGUAAGUUGUAUCAUAUUAAACAUUUCAGUUUUGUUCUUAUUCAGUUUUAUUUAUGUUUUUGAAAACAGAAUACAGAUAAAAUUAAAUUAGAAAGAAGUGAUAUGAUGUAUAGCUAUAGUUUUCUUCCAAGAUAUUGAUGAAAACAAAAUUUUGUUUUCAUCCAAAAAAAUUUCCGAUCUCCUAGUUUGUUGUGUUUAAAUCCUGAGAAGGAAAAAGUUAACUUGUAUUUACUCUAUUUGACACACUUUCAGUGUCAAUGGACAUUCUUUUUUUUUUCACCCGUGUAGAUAAAAAAAAA